AUGACGGGAGUCGGUCAUACCAGAAAGAAAUAUGGAUACGUGUUUAACAACAUGGUGAUAGUGCCGACGCCCGGCUCCAUAUGGGACUAUCCGUAUCUGAACCAGGUCACCAGCAUGAUGGGCUUGGUUUACGGGACAGGACCAGAACCCGAACAAGACUUUUUCCCUCCCAAGACACGGAUUCCAGACACGCACAUGGAGAGUCCGUCGAGGUACGAUCUGACGAAGUCUGAGGCGAGAAGCUUGGAUGAGACCGAGCUGGGCGAGGUGAAAACGACGCUGCCGACGAGCAACGUGGCGACAUCGACACAGUCGUCGCAGCCUGGCAGCAUCCCGUGCAGAAACGGCGGUUGCAAGAGCUGGGCGACACGAACGGAGUCGCGAUUAGAGAGUCCCUGGCAUUUCUUGAAAACCGUCUUCUUGGUCUCGGUGAUCGUCGCUCUGGUCCUCUGGGUGAUCGUCUACACGUUCCUCGCGCAGUAUCGAGUCUUGUGAAGAAGAGAAACAACACCACGGGGACAGACCUAACAGCUGGAGGGUCCUUU